AUGACCAGCACCAAAGACCCCAUAACCCUCCUCUCCACGAUCCUCCGUCUGACUGAAGAGCGCAUAAUCCCCCUCACCCGCGCCGGCGUCUCCUCCGGCUCCAAGCUCUUCGGCGCUGCCAUCCUCUCUCGCUCCUCUUUGAAGCCUCUGACCGUAUCUACCAACAACGAGCGCGAAUCCCCUUUGCUUCAUGGUGAAAUCAACUGCAUCCAGCAGUAUUUCACCUUGCCUCCUGCCUCGUUUCCAGAACAAGACCAGGAAAAAGAAGGCUACCGCAUCCCCACCAAAGACACCAUCUUCUUCGCCACCCACGAGCCCUGCUCGCUCUGCCUCUCGGGCAUCACCUGGGCCGGCUUCAACGAGUUCUACUACCUGUUCACGUACGAGGACUCGCGCGACCUGUUUGCGAUUCCGUACGACAUUGAGAUUCUCGAGGAGGUGUUUCGGGUCAAGGCUCCGGGGGAUACUGAGGAGUCGCUGAAAAGCAGGCCGUUGUACAAUCGACGGAACAAGUUCUUUGUGGGGAGGAGCUUGAUCGAGUUGUUGGAAGAGGCGGCGCUCUCAGCGGAGGAAACGGACAAGUGGAAAAAGGAGAUUGAGAGGGUCAAGGGGCUGUAUAAUGGGUUGAGUGAGACGUACCAAGAGGGGAAAAGAGACGGGGUGGAGAGUGCUAGUGUUUGGAAGUGA